CAAUAAAGCGUAAAAAAUUAUAUGUGAAUAUCUUUCGGUUCGUAAUCCUCACGCGCUCUUGUGUUUACAUUACAGCAGUAAGAAUCCCUCCGGCAUUCAAAAUGCUUAAGAAAAUUGUUUCUGCCAGCAUUUCAGUACUACAUUCAUGGCAGAGACCAGCUCUCUUCGCCAUGGGUUAUUCACUGACAAUCCACCAACAAAGGUUUUGGUGUAGUUCAGAUAACUAUGAUGACCUGGGUAAAUAUAUGAGCCAAGAGGAAGUCUUCGAUACAGAUACAGUUGCUGAAGCCGAGGUAAUGUAUUUUACAAAUGAACCGAAGAAAUUAGAGCAGAGGAAAUUGCCGGGAAAGGAUGGCAUUAGGCCAGUUAAGUAUUCAUUGGCUGCUACAAAUAAGAUGUUAUUUGGGCCUCUCCUCGAAACAAAAGUAGAGAAGAGGCGUAGGCUGAAAAGAGAAGAGAAAGGCAUCAGUGAAGAGGAGUAUCAAGAAAAACAGAAAAAGAAAAAAAAGGGUAAAAAGGAAAAGCAAUCAAGAACUAAGAAGAAAGAAGUUGAUCCUCUGAUAAGUAGACCAGAAAAUGCUCAUUAUUAUGGUGGUGUUAGUGAAGAUGGUCUUAUGUCUGAAGCUGAUACCUCACGUCUUCCACAUGAAAUUCUCGCAGAUGACUUCCAAGUUAGGGAUGAUACUGCUUACUCUAAUGAUAGUGAUAAGUUGUUUUCUAUUAAAAAAUUGCCCAAGUAUAGUUAUAGAUUUAGUUACGAUGUCCAGGGUGGUCAUACGAAAAGUAGAACAAAAAAGAUAAUCAUAAUUCAGGGACAAGACUUAAAGGCAAGUGCAGAAACUCACAUGGAGGAUGAGGAAAAUGGCAUAAAAGAAACAGAAAAACAAACAUUAGAAAGUAUAAACAUAGAUACCAGUAAUACAUCAUCGGGAGUAAGCAGUUCAACCCUUGUGACUAUUGAUAAUUCUACAUUCACUGCAGUGCCUAGCAUUUUGGAUAUAGGAGAAAUACAAAGCUUCCCCUUGUUUAGCAGUGAUAUCCGUCCCUAUGAGCCACAGGUAGACUCGUCUCUGGAGGCCAUAACGACAAUUGGGAUGUUCGACGGGGGUUAUCAGAAACUUCCAAGUGUCAGAAAGAUCUUGGAUGCAACAAUGCCCUUGCCAAAUAGAAUAGCACUAGAGAAGUGGAAGGCCAAGAUGAUUAAGGAACUUGGAGAAGAGGGCUUUAAUAAGUAUAGGCAAGAGUUACUGGAUCGAGGGAAACUGCUUCAUGGGUGUAUCCAGUCAGAGCUAAGUGGCGUGACACUGAGUUCAGAUCAGACACUUGCAGUUUCCGGAUUCUGGACAAGUGUCAGACAUGUUAUUCCAAAUGUGUCAGAUGUUCAAGUGUUGGAGAGUCGUAUCAUUCACCCCUAUCUUUACUAUCAGGGAGCUGUGGAUUGUGUUGGUUCUUACAAGGGUAUGCCCAUACUCAUAGAAUGGAAGACCUCAGGAAAACCAAAGUUAUCAGUGAAAUCCAUGUUUGAUGACCCCCUUCAAGUUGUAGCCUACCUCGGUGCUCUAAACUUUGAUGGCAACUACAAGCUGCGGCAGCCGAUUGAGUCAGCCAUGUUAGUUGUGGCAUAUGACACGGGAUUACCGGCACAUAUUCACAUCCUUAACAAAAAUGAUUGUGAACAUUAUUGGCAAUUGUGGUGCACACGGCUUUCACAGUUCUGGAGCCAGCUGGCGGCUAAUCCUGCAUGAUGUAGAGAAAAUCAGAGUUCGUAACUGCAAGUGUCGUCAGAUGAAUAUAAGUGUAAAUUUGAUCAUUGUGAUAAUGGCAUUAUGUUUUCUGUAGUGUUUUUCAUUAUUUAUUUUAGAAUACAUAAACUGAAAUGUAAAACUGAUUUUUUAAAUUUCAUUAUUUCUUACCUUUAGUAGUAACAUUCAAGAAAAUAUCUGUUGUUUUUUGUAUUAUUAUUAUGUCAUAUCAGACCAUCUGGUGCAAGAGGGUUAGAUGUUAAUGAUUGGAACAAAUAAAUGUGCUAGACAUCAGUGGUCAUAUAGCACUAUGGUAAAGUAUUGUGGUGAAGAGGGUAAAAAUGAGUUAACAAUUAGGAUAAAAUAUGUUAGAAGACAAACUUAGUGUGCUGUGGGAUAGUAUGGUAGUGAAAAGGGUAAAGAGGGGGAGCAAAUGGAGUAAAGAUUAGUAUUAGGAUUAGUAGAGGGUGGAAGGGGUUAAGGUGUUGUUCGAUUAGGUCAAAUGGAGAGUAUCUAUGUGUCUGAGGAAGGAAGAGGAACAUUGUAUGACUGGCUAAUGGUUAAAACAAAUAAGUUUGAAUAGCACUAUCAUAAAGUAUUGUUGCAAAAAGGGUAAAAAUGAGUUAACGAUUAGGAUAAGUGGACAGAAAGGGAUGAAGAGAAGGAAAACGAAAGGAGGAGAAGAAAAGACCAUGCAAAAUUAGUUGAGGUGAGGGCUGAGGUCCAAGGUAGGGGCAGUCCCUCACAUUGGGCUCCAGUCCUCAUCUCCUAAGUGCUCCCAUUACAACAAUAAGCAAGGGACUGGGAGGACAUUGUAUGAAAAACUCUUCAAAAUAGCUAUUAUGAUGCAGUUAGUGGGUAAUAAAGAUAGAAAUGGGUAUUGGAAUGAGAUAAAGGAACAGGAGAAGCAUCAUGGAAUGUCAGAAGGGGGAGGUUCCGGAGAAAGAGACUGUUGUGACAAAAGGGUCAUGUGGGCAGCCAGGUGGGAGUUGGAAGGAUGAUGGGGAUAGGAGAAUGGAUGGAACACAUGGAGAAGGGGAGGAUGGGGUGUGUUGGGAGAGGGUGGGAUGGAGAGGAGUAUGCAGAACUUGAGGAGGAAGAGGAUGGAUAUUAGCAAUUACUUUGAAUGUAGAGGGAAUGGGAAUAGAGAGAAAUGAGGGUGGAUGAAAGAGGAGUGUUGUGUUGGGAUAAAAUAAAUAUUGCCACUUUGUUUUAUUUUUGUUAUCAUGACUGUCCUCUAGUAAUGCUUUUUAUUGAUCAUAUAAUGUUUAGUAUUAGUAUGAUUCCUCAUUUGAAGAUACUGUAAUGUUUUUUUAACCCAAUGGCGCCGGGUGUACAAAAGAAAAAUAAAACUCUACGCUUAAACAAAGGCGGCGCGCCGACUUUGAACGCGUGAGUAGGGGACAUCAGCCCGAAUCACUGGCUCACCGCCGGCUCGUUCGGCUGCACACCAGCUUUCGAGCUCUUUGUGUACACGCCGAUCGGCGUCACCCAGCACCAAGGGGUUAAAUGCAUAGAAAAUAGAUAAUCUUGAAAAAGAUAAAAAAAAAAAAAAAAAAAAAAAGCAUGUGUGACUUUCCCUCCCACCCAUAUCUUUCAAAUAAGUGCCAGCAUAUUUUUGAAAAUUCACCUAAUACCAACAACUGUAGAAACUGUAUGUAUGUAUUUUCCAAUGAGGAUCACACAUUAUUUUAUAUUUACAAAUAUCUGACAUAACUCAAUGGUAACCCUGUAGAAUGUACAUGCUUGAAUAGCUAAAAUGAUGAUACUGUUAAGAAAAGAAUCCAAUGGCUCAUUUAUAUCCUUUAUUCUGAGGAUACAAACUUAUAUAAAAUAUUUUACAUCACAAAGCAAUAUGAUCACAUACAAGAAUGUCAAAAAACAGUUUAGUGGAAAAAAGGUAAUGGUAAUAACAUACAAUGUACUGUGAAAUUUAUUAUGAUAAUCUCUCUCUGAUGAUGAAAGACAAUGUUCCUGUAAUAUAAUCAUACUUCAUAAUAAUUACUUAGUAUGUGUAAAUGUUAUUAUGCAAAAAUCAAAAUAAAUUGUAAGUUUGCUGUGUUC